ACUACUAGACUACAAUUAGUGGCCCCUCUGUAGACAUUGCUUUCUGCCUGGUUGGCUGACAGGUCACUGUUGUGGGCUACGGCCCAUAUCCAGAGCUGGAGGAAGUCUGACCAGAUCUCUGAACCAGAGCUCAGAAAACAGCUUCAGCAAUUGCUGCUUCCUGCAGCUUUAGCCAAAUAAAUAAUCUUUUCAGGGUUUCAGACAAGAAGUGAGGGGUUUCCAAAACCAUCCAAUUCCAAACACCUGUGCUUUUAAGGAGUCUGAGGACUGCUGAUAGUGAAAGGUGCUGUCCCACUGGGGCUUUUUUUCCUUAGUAUUACAUAUUCAGACUAAUUUUUUGUCUCAGAGAGUUUUUAUGCAAAAUAAUGUCCACUCAUGUCAGUGCACCUUAAAAUGGGUAUUUCAAAACGAUCCCCAGAGUUGUGCAUGUGGCACUUGAGCCUGUUCACCCAUUAGGAGGUUUUCCAGCUGCACACAGCUGGCAGUCUAUUGAGCCUGAUAAAGAUAACAAGCUGCAGAGUGCUCUGCCUUUCCUUUUGUGCCUGCAAGAAGCCACUAGAUAGCAGCAUAGGUACAGAAAGCAAGGCACAUUUUUCUAGUUCUUCCCAGCAUACUUGAAUCUGAUGGAUUUUGGAUGACCUUUUUCAAUGCCCUGUAUUGGUAAAGAAGCAAAGCUGAACUAUGCCAUACUUCUCUCUUCCUUCCCUAUUUGCUUAGAACAGGCUGGCAAAUUCUGAUUUGAGAAAUUUCAGUGAAACUGGUAGCUGGAUAAAGGCCCAAAUUAGUGUCCCAGGUGGGAUUCAGCUGCUCCUUGCACUGGCAUCAGCUGAGUGCUGACUCAUGAUCACUGUGCGAUGGUAAGUAAUGGGAGAGGGAGGAGGAACUAAGACCUGCACUAGAGGAAAAGUGCCUGGGAUACUGGACACCUUAGGUUUCAUCAGAUCUUUUCUUCACAGAACAGCUAGAGCUGUUCAUAUUUGGCAUUAAAUGAAUUGUACCUGAUAGAAUACUGUCAGUUAGGUAUUUUGCUGAUUGCUGGUUAAGGUGCCUUAUAAUAUUGACAAAAGGACACUGUAUUGUUGUGUCUAUUCUUAUUGAUUGCUGUUAUGCUACACUGAAGUAUCCCUUCAGAAUAAAUUCAGAAGAGUUCUUUGAGCUUCAUGUUUCUUGAAUCAGCCACUGAGCUGCCUAUGGCAGCAUUGGAUGGCUACCUGCUGGUGAAAGAAGCAAGGCAUUCUGGCUUAGCUGCAAUCUAGUCUAUUGGGGAUCUACUUCUUGCCAUGAAUAACAUGGUGGUGUGAUGGAUGAGGACAUUAACAGGUCUGCAAACAUAGGAAUCAUUCUCUGAUGCUAUGUUGGGAGUGGGGGUGGUUUUGAAAAUUUAAUCCCUCUCCAACCUUUUUGUGCCACUCAAGAUUUCUUAGACCUGUAUUUCUUUUCCAGGCUGACUUGAUGUGGACCAUUCACUUAUCCCAGAUGUGGGAGCUCUUCAUUUUUUUCACCAUUCCUUUUGACCUUCCUCAGACUCUUUUUGGUUCUAACAUAUGCUUCAUAUACUUUUUUAAGUAGAGGGAACUAGAACUACUGAUGGGAUUCAAAGUAGACUUUUGUAGAAGUACAAUGCUGUCUUCUGGUUUGUUCUCUUCAAGGAAUAGAUAGCUUAUUAAUAGAGAAUGUGGAAUUUAAUAAUAAUUGCUAAAAUAUGCCUUCCCCUCCUUCCCCCCUUCCCCAGUGUUACCAAGUAUAGAAGUGAUAUUUUUAAUGUUACUGUGCCUGAUAAGGCCUAAAUCCCAUACUGAGGGGGCAGAGUCUGUUCAAAGCCCAUCAUGUUAUUAUUUGAACUUAGAAUUGUUUUCCCUAUUUGCACUACAUUACAUUUACUUACACAGAACUUUGUCUAUCUGCAAUUCGAAUUUGCAGUGAGGAAACAAGAAAAGGCAAAGCUCAGCCUCAGUUGACACUGACUAGUGUGGCGUCAGUCAAUAAGAAAGGCUUUUUAAAGUAUGUCAAUGGCAAGAAGAAGUCUAAGGAAAACACUGGACUGGUAGUUGAUGCAGACCAUCACCUAGAGAGUAAGGAUGAGGAAAAUAUGAAGCUGGGGGAAAACAGAGGGGUCCUGAAGCAGAAGGCAGAAUCAGAGGCAAAGAAGGAAUUGGGAAAACUUAAGACACAGGUGGAGAUUAAGCCAAAUGUUUAAGAGUGUAAGAGUUUUUUCUUGCUGCUCAGUACCACGUAACAGUAAUCAGCCUUAAGCAUUUGUGGUAAGGAGAAAAAAAACCCAUGCGACAGUUUUGAACUUUGAUGCUCAGUGCCUUGGAAAGGGACUGGGGAAGAAGGCACCUAUCCGGAAAACAGAAGCAAUUGCGGUAUGUAAAAUCUGGAAAUGGGGAAAUGAAACUUCAUUUGGGCUCACUCAGCAUCUUUUAUGGCAGCUAUAAGGCUUGGUUUUCUCUCCUUCCUCUCACUGACCCUGGGGUCGCCAUCAGCCAAAAUGUCCCAUUUUGUGUUGUUUCGCUGGAUUGUGAUACAGGCCUUUAUAGUGCACACCAUGUCAGAAACAGUUGUUCGAGCAAUGAUAGGACAACCUGUCACAUUGCCUUGCUCCUACCGGGUGGCAAGACAGAAGGACAUCUCCGAUAUUUGUUGGGGCAGAGGCCCAUGCCCAAACUCCAAGUGGCAGGGCUACAUUUCCUACGGAGAUGUGUCUCUGACAAUUCAGGAGGUGAAGGCAGAAGAUGCAGGCAUAUACUGCUGCCGCGUGGAGAUUCCAGGCUGGUUCAAUGACAUCAAGCAGAACAUUCGGCUGGCGGUGUUCAGAGUAACAUCUGUGAAGAAAAAGCCAAAGAAAAAUGGUACCAAAUCCACAAAACAUACCAGAAAAACAACUUUUGCACCCCAAACAACCUCUGACCUUCAAGGAACAGUGCAGACUGCUGUCUUCCUGACAACAACUGUCCACCCAGCAGCUUCUCCAACCACGGAGUCUCCAAGAGCAACAACUGCUUUUAUUUCCCCAAUGUUUGAUGAGACAGCGAGUGGCACUUCUCUGGAAAAAAUGGUGUCAACCAGUGCUCUCCCAGAUUUUUCAGCCAGUUUCCAAGCAGCUGAUGUGAGGACUGAAGUCGAUGGCAUCUUCCACUCGACAGAGUCAAUAGUUUUUCCUGAAGCAACAGCCCUCCCAGAGCCAACCACACUUCUCACACCAAAGUUAACUCUUGGUCCCUCAGCAAUGAACACUGCAUCAGAAACAGUUGUUCGAGCACUGAUAGGACAACCUGUCACAUUGCCUUGCUCCUACCGGGUGGCAAGACAGAAGGACAUCUCCGAUAUUUGUUGGGGCAGAGGCCCAUGCCCAAACUCCAAGUGCAAUAACAAACUUUUGCACACCACUGGGAGCAGGGUGACGUUCAGAACAUCACAGCGGUACAACCUGCAGGGCUACGUUUCCUAUGGAGAUGUGUCUCUGACAAUUCAGGAGGUGACGGCAGAAGAUGCGGGCAUAUACUGCUGCCGCGUGGAGAUCCCAGGCUGGUUCAAUGACAUCAAGAGGAGUAUUCAGCUGGUGGUGCUCAGAGCACCUCCAGUGAUGACAGCAACCACAGGAAAAGCUCCCACUUCCCCCAACCAUUUUGGAACAACUUUUGCUCUCCAGGAAACUCCUGAUCUUCAAGCAACCACAUGGGCUGCUGUCCCUUCAGCAGCACCUACAACCACCGACUCUCCCCAGACAUUCAAUGAGACAAGCGGUAACUUCAUGGAAGAAGUGGUGACUACCGGAGCUCUCCCAGAUUUUUCAACCAAUUUCCAAACAACUGAUGUGUGGGCUGAGGGUGAAGGUGUGUUCUGUUCAACACUGCCCAUCUCUCCUCCCGAAGUGACUACUGAAUUCCCAAGUACACUUUUGACUGCAGACAGAACUGAAGAGGCCAACACUUCUCUCUUGAUAGAUGCAACAGCCCUGCCAGAGCCAACCACACUUCACACACCGAAGUUAACCCUUGGUCUCUCAGAGACUUCACUGAAUUCAGCCAGCAAUACAGAGAAAGCUGGGAUAAAACUUUCUUUUCCCAUCUCCACCAUUCUCACCGUAUCUCUCAUAGGGAUAUCCAUUAUUUUAAUGUUGAUACUCUUAUCAUUGCUUUGGAAACGAAGGCACACAAGGAAAUUCAUUAUGAAAAGCCUUAGACCAUCUGAAGACCUUGAAAAAGUUUUCAGUGGCUCUGAAGGAGAAAACAACCUUUUUGUGCUCUGAAGAGCUCCCGCAUCGUCAGUGGAUGGCCUGGAAUAAAGCACAGCUGCACUGCAAAUAGAAAGGACCUGUUUCAAGCUGCAUCAAGAGACAUUUGUGAGCCCUUAAAAUAUCAGUGGGUGUAAACCAAAGGCCAAAGCUUCAACUACGAAAAUUUAAAAUCUUUGUGCAAAUUUUGCCAUCUCACCUUUAAAGCUCAGUGUAUAAAGAAGCUUCUUUUAGAGUAUGCAUUAUUCAGUAGUAUUUCUGGGAUCUGCGUUCUUAUUAAUACCAAAUUAAAUGUUUUUCUCGCAGUUUUACUAAUGCUUUUCCUUGAAUACAACUCAGACUGCGAGGAACAGAAGAAAUAGCAGUGAGUGCUGCUUAACUUUGAAGUGCAAAGAAAUAUACAAAUCAGCAAAUACAAAGUUUCUUAUUGCUUUUAUACAAUCAAAAGAAAAAAUAAGCCAUGAGAAUGCUGUAAGAAUAAAUAAAGAUGUAGAUCACUUCAAGGGUUCCAAUGCUGCCCUUGAUUCAGCAUGUUCAAGUGACCCUUGGAGACUACGCUAAUAAACUCUGUAAUUUACCACUAGGAAUUGCAUUUUUUAUGCCACAUCCUAGAGCAUUUAAGCAGGAGUUAGUUAUUCCCCAGGUGCUGAAACGGCUGGUGUGCUAUCUCAGCUCUGCAAGGAAGUGCUGUAGCAUUUCCAGAGAUGGAGAAAGAGCCGGAACUCCUCAUCAUGACAAGCUGCAAAAUGGUGUUUCAGCUGGGCUCUAAAAUACAGCUUGUGUUGAUGGUCUGCCUGGCAGGGUCAGUGCUGUGGGACUGGCUGUGGGAGCUUGCUUGGAGGACAGGUCAGCUGUGGGAUACAUUGUUCAUCUGUGUCAUUGGAGUCCUCCGCAGCUUUGUGGGAUCAGCAUGGGAAACAGUUCAAACCCAUUACCUCCAUUGCCUGCAGUUCUCAAUCCCUGCUAAAGCAACUCCAGGAAAGGACCCCUUGAGCUGAGAGCACAUGAUGGAAGCAUCACUUGAGCAAAAUGUGGCAGGUCUGGACUUCCCCUCCAGUCAUGCUUGGGGCUGCGGUGAGAAUUUUAUCUGCACAGCAGAUUUCCCCAGCCCACAUGUGGCUGCCUGUGGAGGCAGAGGAGGUUCCUCUGUGGGCUCCUGCUCAGUCUUGCCUGGGUUCAGGACCCUGCUGAUCAUGCUGGUCAUGUGUUCCUGGACCACACAGUUUUGAUACUCUUGUUUAAGAACACAACCAAAAUGACUUUAUUUUUUUUCUUCAAUUAGCAGGACUGAGCCAAUCCAUUUGCAGGUAUUCAUGUGCUCUGCCCUAAUGACUUCUACAGAGCAGGACUGGCUCUUGCUGGGGAUGGCUCCAGCAUGUUGGUUGAUGGGCUGGAAGGUCCUGGUUUGGGGAUAUGCAGAAGAAAUAGAAGCUAACAAAGUGAGUUUGAUCCUCCAAACACUGAAGCCAAGAAAACCCUCUUGUGAGCAUCCUGAAACAAUAUCUGGAGUAUAAGCUGCAAGACCCUUCAAUGGCUGGUGCUUGGGGCUGGGAAAACUUGGAGAAAAGCAGCCUUGAAGCUGCUGCAGGGCUUGUGCUGUUGUGUUGUGCUCGUUGUGUUGCUUGCUGUGCUUGCCAAUGCCAGCUUCACUCCUUCAUCAAAAUGCCAAAUUAAAUUGGGUGAAGUGGAUCUGA